UCUUUGCAGUGUUUGGACGGAAGUUUCGUCGCAGUCAACAAUCUCGCACGAGACAGCACAAGGAGCGCAGAGGAAAGCAAGCUCCGACUUCUCGUUUCGCGAUCACGGGAAUCCCCUUUCCUCCUUGCCUUUUACCCUUCGCCCCGCCUUCUCCUUCACAAGAUCCGGCCUUAACCUCUCCCUUUUUCCUCGCAUCGCUGCUGGAGCAGCCCUUGGCAUGGAGUCCGCCUCCGCCGCCGCCUCUGGGGAGGGCAACAUCAGGAGAAUCCUCACCCACGGCGGACGAUACGUCCAGUACAAUGUGUACGGAAACAUAUUCGAGGUCACCGCGAAGUACGUGCCCCCGCUUCGCCCCAUCGGCCGCGGCGCCUAUGGCAUCGUUUGUGCUGCAGUAAAUUCCCAGACGAAGGAAGAGGUUGCCAUAAAGAAGAUUGGCAAUGCAUUUGAUAACAGAAUUGAUGCCAAAAGAACCUUGCGAGAAAUCAAACUUCUUCGGCACAUGGAACAUGAGAAUGUCAUUGCAAUUAAGGACAUCAUACGCCCUCCAAAUAGGGAAAACUUCAAUGAUGUUUAUAUCGUUUAUGAAUUAAUGGAUACUGACCUUCACCAGAUAAUACGCUCCAAUCAAGCAUUGACAGAUGACCAUUGCCAGUUCUUUCUCUAUCAGUUACUAAGAGGGCUGAAAUAUGUGCACUCUGCAAAUGUUCUGCACCGUGAUCUUAAGCCUAGCAAUCUGCUCUUAAAUGCAAAUUGUGACCUCAAGAUCGGAGACUUUGGAUUGGCAAGAACAACAUCUGAGACAGAUUUCAUGACAGAAUAUGUAGUCACUAGGUGGUACCGAGCACCCGAAUUGCUCCUCAAUUGUUCAGAGUAUACUGCUGCUAUUGACAUCUGGUCUGUGGGGUGCAUACUUGGUGAAAUUGUGACUAGAGAACCUUUAUUUCCAGGAAAAGACUACGUCCAUCAAUUAAGACUAAUAACUGAGUUAAUAGGUUCACCUGAUGACUCAAGCCUCGGAUUUCUCCGUAGUGACAAUGCCCGUAGAUAUGUGAGACAACUUCCUCAGUAUCCGAAGCAAGAUUUUCGUACUAGGUUUCCCACUAUGUCAAGUGGAGCCAUUGAUUUGCUAGAGAAAAUGCUUGUAUUCGAUCCAAGCAAGAGAAUCACAGUUGACAAAGCUAUUUGCCAUCCAUACUUGGCAUCUCUCCACGUCAUCAACGAUGAACCUGUUUCCCCCACUCCAUUCAGUUUCGACUUCGAACAUCCAUCCUACACUGAAGAGGAUAUCAAAGAACUCAUUUGGAGAGAAUCACUGAAGUUCAACCCAGAUCCACUUCGUUAGAUAAGAAUACACGACCUCAAUGUUCUCAAUUGUAAUUAUGAUCAGUACUCAAGCCUUCUCUAGCUUAGUGUUACUAGUCAUUUGGUAACACAUCGAAAAUAAGUUAACUCAAUAUUCGUAUCCAAGCAGUGUUUUAAAUGCCCUUCUAUAUUUGUCAUCGAGAACCUUGCGCUGUUUUCACGUGUAAUGUAGUGUUUCUUUUCUUCGCUCUACUAUCGACUGCAAAUAGUUGUUAAUUGUAACUCCUUCAUGUUCUUGUGAAGAAAUAAUCAUUAAGUUAUAAUUACUGUAUAUUUAACUUGAUUUGUCA